AUGGCGGCAGGCAAUAAUGGCGCAAGGCAGAUAGCCUCGCUUCUCAGAUCACAUUCAAGGCUGGACUCAAGCGUUUGCCGGAAUUGCCAGGAGACUUUGGGCCGUCGAAGCUUUGCUACAGCUACUGCGCCUUCAGAAUCAGCUUCGUCGAGCAGCGCCAUAUCACCGGCCACAGCUUCAGACGCAGUCCAACAAUUCCCAUAUAGGAUUAAAGCCGGAAUCAUUCUCUCGCGUGCACCUCGUCUCACCCGAGACCUCACCCCCUUCGAAAAGUCAUUCUACUUCUACCAGCGCCGACUAAAUGAGCGUCUCGCUCUUCCUUUCACUCGAUACUUUUACUUUAAGCGCGGAACCCCAACGGACGAGGAAUGGAAACGCAAAUUUAAAGACCGUCAGACACCCGCAAGAGAUAUUGGAAAAUAUAACGCCUAUUCUGAAACAGCUUGGAACGAUGAAUUGCUUGUUGGUGCAACCGAGUCUGAACCGCAGAACCAGGUGGAGGCUCUCGUGCGUGAUGCAGAAGGAUUUUCCCUCUCGGAGUCAGACGGGGACGCGAUACAUGAUGAAGUCCCAAAACCGCUGCCAAGGAUCACGGAGGCCGAUAAAAGCGGUGAUGAAAAGAGCUUAGAUCGAGCUUUGCAACGUACACUAUACUUGUUGGUUAAGGUCAAACAGGGUUACUGGAAGUUCCCAAGCGUCGUCUUAGAUGCGAAGGAAAACGUUCGAACUGGAGCUGAACGCAGUUUGCUGCAGUCCGCCGGUCCCAACAUGAACGUCUGGACCGUAGGCUAUCAUCCAAUUAGCCAUUAUGUUCAAAACUUUACCAAGCCCAUUACCGACCCAGCAACGGGAGCGGAACUCAAGGGCGAGAAAACCUUCUUCCUUAAGGGCAGGAUCCUAGCUGGCCAAGCCAACAUCACGGAAAACAUGCAGGAUGUUGUUGACUUCAAGUGGCUCUCCAAGGAAGAAGUUCAGAAGCAUGUGAUGCUACCAUACUGGAGUGCCAUUAAGAACGCGCUGCCGGAGAGAUAA